GAAUAAAAAUUGUCAUUAGAGUGGACCGAUUAUUUUGAUUGGAGCUUGGGAUCUUCCACUCUUGACAGUCAUUACCAGCCUUUCUCCGGCCAAAUUUUCAGGUUUUUAUCCCAAUGUCGACCGCUGAAUUCGCCGUCACUUUCAAGGAAGCCGGUCGAUCCGUCAUCGCCACCCGCCGUCCAUGGCGGGAAUUCCUCGACCCAUUGUCUCUCAGCCUUCCUUCUUCCUUCUCCGACGCGACCUCUCGGAUUUCUCAGAACUUGACCCGUUUCCUUUCCAAUUACUGUCUGGUCGUCUUGCUUCUCAUCUUUCUUGGCCUCAUCUACCAUCCGUUUUCCAUGAUUGUGUUCUUCCUUGUCUUUGUUGCCUGGUUCGUCCUUUACUUCUCCCGCGACGACCCAAUUAGGGUUUUUGGUUUUGAGUUGGGAGAUUUUGUUUUGGUCAUCAUUCUUGGGUUGGCUACCGGAUUGGCGCUGGCUUUGACAGGGGUUUUCGUGAAUGUGCUGAUUUCGCUUGCCAUUGGAGCCGUGGUGGUUUGUUUGCAUGCGGCUUUGAAGGGCACGGAGGAUGCUCUUGGGGAUUUGCAAGACCCUUUUGGGGAUACGCUGUUGGAGAGCCCGAGAGGUGAUUACAGCGGCAUCUGAUUGAAUAUAACACAAUGAAUUGCAGAAAAGUAUUCAUUUCCAUUAUGCUCUGAAUUUUGCUCAUUAUCGUUCCUUUUACUUUUAGCUUGUGUUUCUGAGUUUGAUCUGUUGAUUACUGGGAUGUUAUCGUUGUUGUAUGUUUCCCUUUGAAUUUGCAUAAACUAAAUUAGUCACUGAAUUGGAUUCUUGUUGAA